CUGAGCUAGCGGCGGACCUGCCGCUCACCGCGGUCGGAGUGAAGCUCCCUCUCCGCGCCCUCCGUCCCUGGCACUUCGGACUCGUGUCUCCAUCGUGGUCGGCUUCGCCUCGGGGGAUCUGCAGCCCCGGCGCCAUGGAGCCGGCCCCGGGCAGCGAGCGCCGCAGCCCCCCUGGCCCCGGAGUCCCGCGGCCGCCACCGCGGGGCCACGCGCCCUCGACCGCCGCCCCCGCCCCCAGCCCGGCUCCGCUGAGCUCCUCUGUGCAGCCGGACGAGGAACGGCAGCCGCGGAUCAGCGAGAGCGGCCAGUUCAGCGACGGGUUGGAGGACCGAGGUUUACUGGAAAGCAGCACCCGGCUGAAACCUCACGAAGCCCAGAACUACAGGAAGAAGGCAUUGUGGGUAUCCUGGCUGUCCAUUAUUGUCACCCUGGCGUUGGCGGUGGCCGCCUUCACUGUCUCCGUCAUGAGGUACAGCGCCUCUGCCUUCGGGUUUGCAUUUGAUGCCAUCCUGGAUGUGCUGUCCUCGGCCAUUGUCCUCUGGCGUUACAGCAACGCAGCCGCCGUGCACUCUGCUCACAGGGAGUAUAUAGCCUGUGUCAUCUUAGGGGUGAUCUUUCUUCUGUCAUCUAUAUGCAUUGUGGUCAAAGCCAUCCAUGACCUUUCCACAAGGCUGCUCCCUGAAGUGGAUGACUUCCUGUUCAGCGUCUCCAUUUUAAGUGGGAUCCUUUGCAGCAUCCUCGCUGUGCUAAAGUUUAUGCUGGGCAAGGUCCUGACAAGCAGGGCUCUCAUCACUGAUGGAUUCAACUCCCUUGUUGGGGGAGUGAUGGGCUUCUCCAUCCUUCUCAGUGCAGAAGUAUUCAAACACAAUGCGGCAGUCUGGUACCUGGAUGGCAGCAUCGGUGUCCUGAUCGGUCUCACCAUCUUUGCCUACGGGGUCAAGCUCCUCAUCGACAUGGUGCCCAGAGUGAGACAGACGCGCCAUUAUGAAAUGUUUGAGUGAAGGCACAGGAAGGGCAGCAGCGACUGCCCCCCUCCCCUUCCUGUGAAGAGCGUCACUUGACAAGAGGUUUCCACGCAGGCAGAUGGUGCCAACGUUCAACUGCUCAUCCAGUUUCAUUUUGGGAAGUUUUCAUUCAUAGCGUCUGUCAUCAUGGGAUGAGGUCUGCCCGGAGGCUGGACCUGCCCUACACCCUCACCCAGUCGCCCACCAUCAAACACGUUAGGAUGAUGUUGCCCGUGGGAGGGGCCGACAUGCGUCCCUCUCUUGAGCCGGAAGUGACACUUUCUAUUUCUUGGAGUCAAACAAUUCUUGGAAGUGGGCUAGGGUCUCUGCUUGACAGGAAGCCACCUGCGGUGCUCACUGUCAGCCAAAACCAGAUAGAAAGUGGCCGGGUCACCUCCUCCUGACACAUGUGGCCGAGCCAUCUCUAGAUUCACUCUCAUCUCCUAGCAGAUGUGGUCAGUAAAGCACUUCCUAACUUCUACCAACCCGUUUCAUACACUUUUACUAAUCCCAACACUAAACAGAUUUGUUCAGAAGGAGACCAUUCUAUUUUUUAAAGUGUUUAGUGACAUGAGCUUUGCAUGGACAAGCUACGUAAGCACACAGCCCUUUCUUUCGCGUUCAGAACCUGCACAUCCAUAAAAACCCAGGACCCAUUUUUGAGAGAUGUGAAAUUCUAUCCAUUUAUUUGUAAUAAAUAAUUAUAAUCAUC